GCGCGGGCUGUCCCGCGCGGCGCCCGCAGGACCCCGGCGCCUACCCAUGCCGAGGUGAGUCCGCGGGAGCCACCGCCACCGCCGUUCCGACCCCGCCGCCGCCCCGCGCGGCCCCGCCGCCGGCCAGGAUGCUGGAGGAAGCGGGCGAGGUGCUGGAGAAUAUGCUGAAGGCGUCGUGCCUGCCUCUCGGCUUCAUCGUCUUCCUGCCCGCUGUGCUGCUGCUCGUCGCACCGCCGCUGCCCGCCGCCGAUGCGGCGCACGAGUUCACCGUGUACCGCAUGCAGCAGUACGACCUACAGGGGCAACCUUACGGCACGCGGAACGCGGUGCUCAACACAGAGGCGCGCACCAUCGACGCGGACGUGCUGAGCCGGCGCUGCGUGCUCGUGCGGUUGCUGGACUUCUCGUAUGAGCGCUACCAGCGCGCCCUGCGCCAGUCUGCCGGCGCUGUGGUCAUCAUCCUGCCGCGGACCAUGGCCGCUGUGCCGCAGGACGUAAUCCGGCAAUUCAUGGAGAUUGAGCCUGAGAUGCUGGCCAUGGAGACCAUCGUUCCCGUGUACUUUGCCGUAGAGGACGAUGCCUUGCUGUCCAUCUAUGAGCAGACACAGGCUGCCUCCGCCUCCCAGGGCUCCGCCUCCGCCGCCGAAGUGCUGCUCCACACUGCCACCGCCAACGGCUUCCAGAUGGUCACCAGCGGGGUCCAGAGCAAGGCUGUGAGUGACUGGCUCAUCACCAGCGUGGAGGGGCGGCUGACUGGGCUGGGUGGAGAGGACCUGCCCACCAUCGUCAUUGUGGCCCACUACGAUGCCUUCGGGGUGGCCCCGUGGCUGUCGCAUGGCGCGGACUCCAACGGGAGUGGUAUCUCGGUGCUGUUGGAGCUCGCCCGCCUCUUCUCCAGGCUGUACACCUACAAGCGCACGCACGCAGCGUACAACCUCCUGUUCUUUGCUUCCGGAGGAGGAAAGUUUAACUACCAGGGCACCAAGCGCUGGCUGGAAGACAACCUGGACCACACAGAUUCCAGCCUGCUCCAGGACAACGUGGCCUUCGUCCUCUGCCUGGACACUGUGGGCCGGGGUGACAGCCUCCACCUGCAUGUGUCCAAGCCGCCCAGGGAGGGGACGCUGCAACACGCCUUCCUGCGGGAGCUCGAGACGGUGGCCGCCCACCAGUUCCCCGAGGUGCGGUUCUCCAUGGUGCACAAGAAGAUCAACCUGGCCGAGGACAUGCUGGCCUGGGAACACGAGCGCUUCGCCGUCCGCCGGCUGCCCGCCUUCACCCUGUCCCACCUGCAGAGCCACCGCGACGGCCAGCGCAGCAGCAUCAUGGACGUGAGGUCCCGGGUUGACUCGAAAACCCUUACCCGAAACACGAGGCUCAUUGCUGAGGCCCUGACCCGCGUCAUCUACAACCUGACAGAGAAGGGAACGCCCCCGGACAUGCCAGUCUUCACGGAGCAGAUGCAGAUCCAGCAGGAGCAGCUGGACUCAGUGAUGGACUGGCUGACCACCCAGCCACGGGCCGCCCAGCUAGUGGACAAGGAUGGCACGUUCCUCAGCACGCUGGAGCACUACCUCAGUCGCUACCUGAAGGAGGUCAAGCCGCACCACGUCAAGGCCGACAAGCGGGACCCCGAGUUUGUCUUCUACGACCAGCUGAAGCAGGUGAUGAACGCCUACAGGGUCAAGCCAGCCAUCUUCGACCUGCUCCUAGCCGUCUGCAUUGGUGCCUACCUCGGGAUGGCCUACACGGCAGUCCAGCACUUCGACCUCUUAUACAAAACAGUUCAGAGACUGCUGAAGGCCAAGACGCAGUGACCAGGCUGCCAUCCCCGCCUCACCUGGAGGGCAGGGCCUCCCUCUCAGUGGCCGAAACCCUGAAUUACAGAGCUUUUCUGUGUUGCUCUUGAGGACUUGGGGGCUUCUUUCUCUUUUUUGUCCUUUGCGCUCCCCUGGAGGAGCUCGGUGGAGGUCUGGGGCCAGGCCACAGACUCGGGGACAAAUGUGUGGAUGAGCCCCCCACCCUGGAGUCAGCCCCAUGGCCCUGGGGCAUAAGCCAUGGCCAGGAAAGAGGAAACGCGCCCAGCGUGGCCUUGGGCAUCACCCCCGCCCAAGACGCUGACCCUGGACCUGGCAGUUGCAGGCCAAGGAAGUCGGGCCAGGUCACCCCCCAAACCCCCAGCCCUCCACCAUGCUGGCUCUGUUCUGACCUCUAGGCUGCCCUCGCAUUCCCCAACCACCCCACCCCCCACCCCCGGGGCUCUCCCUUCUUUCCUGUCUGGAGAGUGCGCUGCAGGGCCUCUGGGUCUCCGCUUCCCGGCCCUUCUGUCGCAGCCUUGUGCACCGCCUCCACACCCCCCAGCCUGGCUGAGGGCAGCCAGCUCAAGGGGCCGCCUCCGGACUCCCUGAAGCCCCUGGGGAGCUGGCGCCCUGGACACCCGGCACCCUCUCUGGCACCCUCUCUGUCGGCCCUCUCACCCUGCCUCUGGGUUCCUCGGCCCUGUCCCCUGCCCGGGAGCCCCGCCCACCCGGCCCCGCCCACCUCUUCUAGUCCUUGGGGGCUCCUGCUCAGCCUGUUCUCCUGAGGAGCCCUGGGGGCGGAGGCAGCCCAUCUGCCCCUGUCCGGGGGCCUCGGUUUCCUCAUGGGCAAGGGGGAGGUCGCAUUCAGGGGGAGCGUGUUCCCCCAUAUCCCCGGAGGGGACGUGGCCACAGGGGAGCUCUUCCUGGGACCUGAAGGGGGCAGGUCCAGGCCUGAGCCCCUGGGAAGGGGUGAGAUGGGGGAGGCGAGCAGGGCUGGGAGUGACCUCAGGGAGACCCAGGUGUAACCAUUCAUUAGCAAUAUAAUCAGUGACUUGUCCAGUGCUGGGGACUCAGGGUCCAGGCGGAGGGACUCCAGGGGCCUACUGGCCACCAGGGAACGCUCACCAGCCUUCCGAUUCCGAGGGGCCGGGGACUGGCUCCCCCCCGAAGCCACCUACCGCCCACUGGAGGGAACAGGUGACUAUUUGGCAGGCCUGGGAGGGGCAGCCGUCAGGGCUGCAGGUUCCUUAACCCUCCCUGUCCAGUGGCCCAUCUGCCUGACUGUUUACCCAGUGCCCGGCCCCCUCUAGGGCGAUGUGGGGCUGGUGGCCCACCCUUCCCCCGGGUGUGAAUGUGUGAGCCAGGGACCGGCUGGGGAUGCCAAGUGAGUGUCCUUCCUCCCCGGGGGGCAUGGUCAGGGCCACUGACUAGGUGGAGCUCAGGCUGCUUGUGGGAUGCGGCCAGACGAUGAGAAAUAAAGCCAUAACAAACCACA